ACUGAGAAGUAAUUCAGAAUGAAACUUUUAGUACUGUGUUUGUUUCUAAGUGCGGUAACUGCGGAAACGCCAUUCGCAGGGUAUGCACCGUCUGGAUGGCGUCCACAAGGUGCACAGUUUAAGCUACCUUCCGAAUAUGGAGCACCAGUAGUUCAGGAAACUGAAGUGGAAAUCACGAAAGAGAAUAUCGAGCAUGCUGGACAGAUUGUAGAAUCUACUACGGACCAAAAUCCAUCCAACGAGUACUUGCCACCAACAACAACUGAUCAGCCGGAACUUGAUCCAAUCCGUGUUCAGGGUUUACCAGACAAUCAGUUCAAAGAUUUUCAACGAUCCAGGCAGCAACAAACUGCACGGCUCAGUGCUAAUCGUUUCGCAAAUACUGCCUCUAAACAAACUGCGGGACAACAAACGCAAGCAUUUUUUGCUCUAAAUGGACAGCUUCGUGUUUUACCUGUUGAUACUUACGUACAGUUUGGACGCCAACAGCAAGUCACUCGACCAGAUCAAGCUUAUGGAGUACCUAAUCAGGACACCGACGAGACUGCAGAUGAAGAUGUACCUGUAACCAAUGAUCAAUCAACGGAACAACCGGAAUCUAAUGAUGGAGACGAAGAAGAUCAAAGUGAUCCAACUCAGAAAGAUAAUCGACCGGUUAUUGCUGUUUCUAAUGCUUUUUCUGGUCAAUAUUAUAUCGUUGGUCAGGAUAACAAAUUACAACGGGUGAUGUAUUCAACUUCGCAGUCUGAAGAUGAUCGUCGUCAAAUGGGUUUCACAGCUCAAUUACGUUACUCGCCGGUUGAACCGAUACAGGGUCCAGUGUACGCAUACAAUGAGCAAGGUCAGUUGAUAAGGAUCUACAAAUAGUCGGAAAUAGUCCAAAUCGUAUCACCACCACAACGGUCAUUAUUCUGGCCACGUUUACCGUAAAGCAUACAAAUGCAACGGCGGUGAAUUUUUCGUUUCGCUAGAUAAACAAAUGCAAGGGCUGAUUUUUUUGUUUCGAAUUGAUUCGUUUUUUGUAACUUAUUUUUAUGUCUUAUUAAUGAAUGAUUUGUAAUCACUUUAUACGUUAUUUAUAAAAAUCAAUUUGAAAUGCCAA